UGUGUUUCCCGCACCGUCAAUCAAAAUAGAAAAAAAUCGACCCGAAUUCACCCGAUCAACACUAGCCCGCCUUUGAUAAAAUAAUCAUGUUUGGAGUUUAGUUGAUCAGAUAAUCCUCCCGGUUACUACCAUUCACGCUAUGAUUGGUACGUAAACAUUUAGCGCAUCGAAGCGUGCAACUAAUCGCGCCAGAGCAGCCUCUGAAACAAGGAGAAAUGGCGUCCGCGGACGUGGACAGCAGUCAAAGCGAGUUUCUGCAACCCGGCGGCGCAGCGGAAACACAGACAACAGAUAUGUCGGCCAUUCAGCUGACUGGUUCAGACCGAUGGGAGGUGUUAACUCCUGUCUCAACUGGGAAGGAAGACCAGGGAGUCCUUCACAUUCCAAACUCGGGGAUUGUCACGUCCAACGGGCAGUACAUGCUUCCUAUUGGGAGUCUUCCCAGCCAGUCCAUUUAUGUUACAGCGUCUGGGAAUGAGGCUGCAGCCAAUGGGUUGUCAGGCAUUCAGUAUCAGGUCAUCCCCCAAAUCCAAAAUGCAGAUGGGACGCUUGCGGGGUUCCAAACACAAGGGUUGGAUGAUGGCACGGGGCAGAUCCAGCUCCUCCAAGAUGGCAGCCAUGGCAGCAUCUCAAUCAGCUGUGCCACAACAACGACCACAGACCUCUUGACGCAGACGGGGCAAGUACAGUCAAUCCAAGGCGUCCCGCUGGCUGGGGGGUCAGCAUACACCAGCACAGUACCCGUAGGGUUGCCCGGCAACAUAACGUUCGUCCCUAUAAACAGUUUGGAUCUGGAAUCUCUAGGGCUGACCGGAGCGCAUACAGUCCCCAUUGCAACAGGGGUAACAGCUGAAGGUCAGCUGAUCAUGAGCGGUCAGGACACUGGCACCAAACAGUCGCUGGUGGCGGUGAGCGACGCUGGCGGCAACCAAGAACUCUACGUGCCAACCACCACUUCCUCCUCCAACUCCUCCCAUCUUCCUGAGACCAUCGACGGCACCGGGGUUCUGACCCAGGCAACCGCCGUGUCUGCAGGCGUGUCCGACCCCUCCUCCUCAACGAACUACAACUCCCAAAAUCACCUGCAGCAAAUCCAGGUCUCAUCCUCUAAUGCCACCACUAUCUCGCAGCCCAUCCUGCAGCUGUCUGGUGACAGUCAGGCCCAGGUGGCUCAGGGUCAGGACAUGAAUGCAGGUCAGACUCUACAGAGUGUGCAGCUGGUCAACCCGGGGACCUUCCUCAUCCAGGCCCAAACUGUCACAGCUACUGGACAGAUCCAGUGGCAGACUUUCCAGGUUCAGGGUGUCCAGUCACUGCAGGGGCUCCAGUUGCCGCAGGGGCAGGGGCAGGCCCAGCAGCUGACUUUAGCCCCAGUCCAGACCCUCCCUCUAGGCCAGUCAGGCCAGGUCAGCCUGCCCAACCUCCAGACAGUCACAGUGAACUCUGUAACACAAAGUGGAGUUCAGUACACACAAGGGGAUGACGCAAACAGUCCAGCUGGUAUCCAGAUAAAGGAGGAGCCGGACUCUGAGGAGUGGCAGCUGAGUGGAGACUCCACGCUGAACCCUAGCGACCUGAACAACCUGCGUGUUCAGAUGGGAGAUGAGGACAUGGAUACGCAGGGCGGGGAGGGCAAGAGGCUCCGCAGAGUAGCCUGCACCUGUCCCAACUGCAAAGAGUCUGGAGGAAGAGGUUCAGGCACGGGAAAGAAGAAGCAGCAUAUCUGCCACAUCGCUGGCUGCGGGAAGGUUUAUGGGAAGACGUCUCAUCUCCGGGCUCACCUGCGCUGGCACAGCGGAGAAAGACCAUUCGUCUGCAACUGGAUGUUCUGCGGGAAGAGGUUCACUAGGAGCGACGAGCUGCAAAGACACAGGAGGACACACACAGGAGAGAAGAAGUUUGUGUGCAAUGAGUGCUCCAAGAGGUUCAUGCGAAGCGACCACCUGGCCAAGCACAUAAAGACUCACCAGAAUAAAAAAGGCGGGGUUCCCUCCACGCCUCCGCCAACCACCGACGCCGUCAUCACUGCCGACGGCACCACGCUCAUCCUCCAAACCACCACCGCCCAUGACCUCGUAGCUAAUCAGGAGAUCCCUUUACAGCUGGUCACGGUGGCGCACGGUGAGGUCAUGGAAUGAGGUGACGAAUGGGGUGAGGUGGUUUUUUGAGAACUGGCCUAUCACAGGGACCUCUUGGGCUUUUCUCUUUUUCCCUCUUACCUUUUUUUUUUUUGUUUGUUUUUUAUAUAUGAAUAUA